GGUUCUGUCUGCCCUGAAGGAAAUUAAGAUUCUUGUCUAACUCAUCCGUCAGAUUCUCUCACCCCCCCCCCCCAUCGCCGCCCACCUCCACCGGUACCCGCUGGUGUACUGACGUAUCACAGUGCAAUAAGCUUUGUCAACAGGUGACUCCAACAAUCGGUAUAAAGACUGCUCCGCGAAGCUGAGCUACAUUUCAGAACCAUGGAGAGCUCUCGCUUCUUCGCCCUGCUGGGAGCCGCUUUAUUGUUGCUUGCGGGAGUCCACGGUCAGGAAGAAGGCGAACUUCAAUCCCGAGCUUUGGAUCUCUAUUCCACCAUGGAGGAUACGUCCCACGAAAAGGAGCUGAUUGAAGCACUGCAGGAAGUCCUUGAGAAGCUGAAAAGCAAACGGCUCCCACAUUAUGAGAAGAAGUAUGGUCAAGUUCCCAUGUGUGAUGCAGGAGAGCAGUGUGCUGUGAGAAAAGGUGCCAGGAUUGGAAAACUCUGCGACUGUCCCAGAGGAACAUCUUGCAAUACUUUUCUCUUGAAGUGCUUGUAAAGUAAAGUCCUUCCCUCAACCUCUGGAGAGAACAGAAAAGAAUCAGUUGCCUUGUCUGAAGAGUUAAUCCUGAGUUAUGGAUGCAGGUGGGUGGGGUGGAGAAUGGUUUGUAUUCAUCACAUACAAAAUAGUGGGUGGUGGGAAGGGAACGGGUGUAAGGUUGUACUAUUGCUUUUAGGAGUUCUUCUUGCCAUUUCUUCUUACUGUUAUUUUCCUUCUUUGUUCCUGUCCUAUUUUUUCCUAUAUUUGUACAUCAGUGCUCAGAGAAUGAAUUGAUAUUUCCAAAACUUUAUCUUUGAAUGUAGAUGAUCUCCAUGAAAAUUGGCUCUACAAAAUGUAUUUAUUUAUUUUCCCUCAAACACAAGAACAAAUUGGAGGACAAAUAGUAGAGUUAAUCAAAUUAACAAUACAUGGGAAUGAUUCCAAGAUUCAAACAUUUUAAAAAUAAAACACAAAUAUCCAUUUCCCAAAAGAUAUACACUGUAAGAAAACAGUGGCACUAUUUCAAAAAUACUCUACUAAACCAUUAUUUCAUCUCAGUUUGGUAGUACCUUCAACCCAGUACCUUCAGCUUUCUCAGGCAAUUAUAUUUUUGAAAUAAAUAGCAGAGGAAGUGACUUAGAUCUUGUCUCCUGGGGUCUUUUGAGAAUAAGACGAAAAGAAAAUAUUUUUCCUUGACCAAAUCUGUAAUGGAAUUCCUGAUGUUUUUUCCAGAAAGAGCAGCAUAAUAUGCAAUUAAUAAUAGUAAUUCAAAUAUAUGUCAAAUAGUGACACCCUGACCAAGUCAUCAGCACAUGUCUACUUCCUGAUGACUAAGUAGAAAGAAAUUAGACAAAUCAUUGUUGACAUUAUUCUUGGUUGAUUAGUAUAUGUAUUGAAGGAUAUUGCAAAGACCUACUUCAAAUUAAAAUUUCUGAAUAUUCAUCAUCAGUUUUGUCUAUUAAUAGAACUUGAUCAUUGCCAUAUAGUAUUGUUUUGAGGACCAGUGCACAUAUCAGUGCUUCCAAGCAGUAUUGUUAUUAUAUUAAUUUAUAUGUUAAGACUUUGUCAGGAUUGAGAAGAAUUUGGCUGAGCGUAAGAAAUGAAAGCGUUAUGAAAUUUAUGUGGACGGCAAGAACUUCCAUCUUCUAAAAUUGCAAAAAAAUAAUAAUAAUGAAGAAAUAAAAAACACUUUCAAUUUUGAGAUACUACUUCCAUAAUCUGAUAUUGAAGAAAAGUAUAAACCUAUACCAUGUAGAUGCCUUUUCUUUUGAGACAAUAACCACUUAUUUAUGUAUACAAUUCAACUCUGUUAUAAAGGGUUCAAGCAACCUGAAGCAGAUUUACAUCAGUACAUGUUUUACAAAUAUGCAUAUAUCAAACAAUGAGAAUGGAUAUUUAUAAAGGAAAGAUUCUAAAUCUGUUACUUCUAUAACAAUGUAUUGGUCAAACUUCCAAAUAUUUUUCAAUAAUGUCCUAUUGUAUUUUACUAAUCUAUUUGAUCAUUAAUAAAAUCAUUGUCACAAUGUCCAUUUCAAUGUAGUAUUUUAUUUUUCUUUUUUGACUAUCUCCAGAUCUUUUGGGAUAAAUAUUUAAGCUUCUUUAUUGAAAUGAUUCUUUUUAUCAGCAUUAAUGUAUGCAUGAAUGGACAUGUGAAUUGUAAUGUUAAAAGUGGAACCAGGCAUUCAUCUGACCAGGGAGAAGACAGGGUAUAAAUAAAAAGAAUAAAUACUUGUGGUAGUUGGGCAAAUUAUAUAUUUAGAGUAUGUGUGAUAUAUUACUUUGGAUGUACUUUGUCAAAAAAAAAAUAUUAAUAUUACCAUAGAAUCACAAAGUUGGUUGGGCUAUUUUGGCAAUCAAAUCCAACCUCAUAUUUUAUGCAGAAAUUAUUAAAGCAUCUAUAAUGAA